CAGUAUGGCGCGACGCGGGAGCUCAGACGCGCAUAGUUCCUCCAAAUUCGUUUCCUCUUCUCAGAAGACGUGUUCCGUUUCUUCAGCCUCCGAUCGGUCCAGAAGCUUUCUGCAAGCGUAUCCCGAAUUUCCGAUUCACUACGUUCAGGUGUUUUCUACGACGCAGACUCGCAGCGGAUCCGACACUCCUGUGGACCUAAUUCCGAUGGCGUCCCAGCAGCAGCAGCGAUUCCAAGUGAAGGUCUCUGGCCAGGACGAGGGUCAGGGCGAGGAAUCGAAGAUGGUGGCAUCAGGAGCCAUCGAACCUGAGUCCACGGGGAUGCCUUCGGGUCAAUCCACUCAGUCGUACGGUCAACCCGGUCAGCAGUACGGUCAAUACGGUCAGCCCAGUCAGCCGUACGGGCAGCAGCAGUACGCGCAGCAGUACCCUCAGCCGUUCAGUCAACCAUACGCUCAGCCGUAUCAGGCGUACAGCAAGGAAGAAGAGCCCCUCGGUACUGGUGGAGUUACACGUGCGCACGGAACCACACAUGUAACGCCACAUGAAACGGCAGCAGGCGGAGGACUGGCCAGGGGAGUUGGAGUGACGCCGCAUGAAACGUCGUCAACCAUAAGCGCCACUGGGAUGCCUGAGGACGCGUCUCGCACACAUGGGCUGGAGAGGAGUCCGGAGAUUGAGAGGCAUGGGCGUGAGAGAGGCGAGCAGGCAGAGCGUGAAAUGAGGGCGAAGGAACAGGAGAUGCGAGAAGCCGGGCGACCGGAAAUGGUGGCGACGACAGGAAAGGACACCCUACCAGAAAAGGCAUACGAAGCAGCACAGGAGGGGGCGGAAAUCCCCAGGCAGCUGGCGGGGGAGAUAACCGGGCGAGCGGGACAGAUGGCCGGGCGAGCAGGGGAGGUAACCGGCCAGGUAGCUGGUCGUGCCCCAGAGAAAGGCAAGGAGCUGGGUGAGAAGGCGUUGGAAGUGGUGCAGGAGGCUGGGCAAGUGGCGACUAAGCAGGCCAGGGAAGUGGGGGUGGUGGCGAGUGAGGUGAUCCGCCAGGCGUACCGCAAGUACCGCCAAGCAAGAAACCUGGCCCAAGCGGGCCUGCAGUCCGGGCAGCAGCUGGCCGGUGGGGGGGUAGAGCGAGCCAAACACCUCGUUGCUCCCAUUGUCCCCAGUGCUGCGGCUGGCGCUCCCACGACUGGAGUGGGGGGCGGGGUGGGUGGUGAGGGUGGUGUGAUGGAGCGAGCCAAACACCUCGUUGCCCCUAUCAUCCCGGGUGGUGCUGGGGUUUCCACUGCUGGAGUUGGGCCGGGGAGUGAGCAGGGCGCAGAGACCUCUGCAUACAAAGCAGGGAAGGAACGUGUAAAGAGCGCUUUAGAGGGGAUUGCAGGGGGGACUGGUGGUGGUGGUGUGGGAAGUGGGCAUGAGACACGUGUGCCGGGGCUGGAUGAAACUGGAGUUGAAACGCGUACAGCUGGUGCUGGGACAAUCCCUGGAGCAGGGCUUGUGACAGGCGUUGCUGACGUGGCAAGGAGGGCUGUGGGGACCACAGCAGAGACGGCCAAGGGGAUUGCAGGAACGACUGCUGACACUGGCAAGCAGGGCGAUGGGGGCUACAGCUGCUACAGCAAGCAGGGCGAUGGGGGCUACAGCUGCUACAGCAAGCAGGGCGAUGGGGGCUACAGCUGAUACAGCAAGCAGGGCGGAAGUUUCUGGGAAUACAGCGGAGUCUGGCAAGGGAAUACUGGGUAGUGCCAUGGGGGCGGUGCAGAGUGUUGUGGGCGGUACUGCUGACGUGGCAAAGCACGCUGCUGAGUCAGCACUAGGGGCCACACGGGCAG